ACCGCGAAAACACGCCGAGAAUAAAGCGCAUCUUCUGCGAGGAGGGAGAAACACGUUCGCCUGGAGACAUCCACUGCCCAUGAAGAUGUCUAACGCUGACAUGGUCUUGAACUCCACCGAUCGGAUAGUGAAAUCCGUCCCCUUCCCCCUGAGUCACCGUCUCACUAUGAAGGAGGUGAUUGACUGCGAGGGGAAGCCUAGGGUGGAUCUACUGAAAGCCCACCUUACCAAGGAAGGCCGAGUGGAGGAGAACGUGGCCCUCCGAAUCAUCAAUGAAGGGGCAUCCAUCUUACGCCAGGAGAAGACCAUGCUGGACAUAGAGGCACCCGUCACAGUGUGUGGUGACAUCCAUGGGCAGUUCUUUGACCUGAUGAAGCUGUUCGAGGUGGGAGGCUCUCCAGCCACCACACGAUACCUCUUCCUGGGCGACUACGUGGACCGGGGCUACUUCAGUAUUGAGUGCGUUCUAUACCUCUGGUCACUGAAAAUCCUCUACCCAAAGACGCUAUUUUUACUGAGAGGAAAUCAUGAAUGUAGACAUUUGACAGAAUAUUUCACUUUCAAACAAGAAUGUAAAAUCAAGUAUUCAGAGCAGGUUUAUGACUGCUGUAUGGACGCGUUUGACUGUCUGCCCUUGGCCGCGCUCAUGAACCAACAGUUCCUGUGUGUCCACGGUGGACUGUCCCCGGAAAUCCAGAAUUUAGACGACAUAAAGAAGUUGGACCGGUUUAAGGAGCCCCCUGCGUUCGGGCCUAUGUGUGAUCUGCUUUGGGCUGAUCCGCUGGAGGACUUUGGCAAUGAAAAGAGCCAAGAAUACUUCAGCCACAACACAGUCAGAGGCUGCUCAUACUUCUACAGUUAUCCGGCAGUCUGUGACUUCCUACAGAAUAAUAACUUGUUAUCAAUCAUUCGAGCACACGAAGCACAAGAUGCAGGGUACCGGAUGUACAGGAAGAGUCAGACCACCGGGUUCCCCUCCCUUAUUACAAUCUUCUCCGCACCAAACUACCUUGAUGUUUACAAUAAUAAAGCUGCUGUUCUCAAGUACGAGAACAAUGUAAUGAACAUCCGGCAGUUCAACUGCUCCCCUCACCCCUACUGGCUGCCCAAUUUCAUGGACGUCUUCACCUGGUCGCUGCCGUUUGUAGGAGAGAAAGUCACAGAGAUGCUGGUCAACGUGUUGAGCAUCUGCUCCGACGAUGAGCUGAUGAAUGAUGGAGAGGAGAUCUUUGACGCCAAUGCAGCAGCUGCUCGGAAAGAGGUGAUUAGGAACAAGAUCCGUGCCAUUGGGAAGAUGGCCAAGAUGUUCUCCGUGCUCAGAGAGGAGAGUGAGAAUGUCUUGACUCUGAAGGGUCUGACUCCCACUGGCAUGUUGCCCAGCGGAGUGCUGUCUGGAGGAAAACAAACUAUACAGAGUGCAACCAUCGAAGCCAUUGAAGCCAUCGAGACAGAAUCAGAGGACGGAGAAGCCAUCCGCGGCUUCUCUCCCCAGCACAAGAUCAACAGCUUUGAGGAGGCUAAAGGUCUGGACCGCAUCAACGAGCGCAUGCCGCCCCGCAAGGACGGGGUCAACCACGUGGGCCACUCGAUGGGCAAGAUGAAUGUGUCCGAGACCAAUGGCACUGACGACAACAGCAACAUCCAGUGAUGAAGCAGCUGCCCACCCACCUGCACCUGAGUCCAUGCCACCGCCACGAUGCAUGGCAGGACAAAGCCAACCCCGUGAUUUAAGACCUCCUGCUUCCAACAAACACCCGAUGACAUAACACCACCUACACAUCCCUCCCUGCUCCAAUGUUUAAUUCGAGAACCAAACUGUCUAACUUAAAACCUUUCACUCGAGUGGGUGAAAGGCGGAGUCUUUUCUUGUCGUCAGUUUGCCGCUUACGAUUGAAGCGGGAUUAUCUUGCUGAUUGCAAAUCUGCCUUGUGUGGGAGCGUUGAAUGGCCAAGGAGGGGUGGGGGGUGAUAUGCCUUGUCAAGGGCUGAAAGUGUCUUUAACAGAGAUGGGGCGGUCUCAAGGGCAAAAUCUGCCAGUUCCUUUUAGACUCAGCCCACAAGCGGGCGGGGUUUAGGAGCUCUCUCUAAAUCCACACAGUUCAUCGGUGCGGCCGCGUCUGUACCAAAUUCCAUGCACACUUUUUCCUAUUUUGAUUAGGAGUUUUUUUCAUGGUCCCAUCUCAUAAUAAAAUUUGCUCACUGUUGAAAAUGUUUUGCUACUAGUAUUAAUACAAACACGAUUUGACUCGACACAACAAGGAAAAACGUUUGUAAGCAAGGACAUUUGACAACAAAAUAUGUACAUUUUAUUACUGACAAUGCAAUCUUACGUGGGGGGUUUUAUUUAUUGAUUUGGUUCUUGGUAGGAUGUCAUGAAGGGCGGAGCGUAGCGGUGCUGUUUGUCCAGACUCUUCUGAUCAAAAGCACCAUUGGGAUGUGGAGUAAUACUGCGGUGAAACCUCAACCUUUGGCGCCACCUUCCUGAUUGUUUCUCACCUGCCUGUAACUUGAGAGAGAAUGCACAUAGUACAUUUCGCAAGUGAAAUAAAUAUAUAUAUAUAUAAAUAUAUAUAUAAAUAUAAUUAAAUCUUUGAUUAUCAACAACGAUCGAGGAAAAUAAUUUUCAACAGCAUCUACAGUAUGGUACUGAACGCAUCAGUGCAUGCAAUUAAGUUCCUUAUUGAUAUGUGAAAUUAUAUUUGUGAUGUGUUUCAAUAUAGUAGACUUGAAUUAUUUCCCUCUUCAGAUUAUAUUUGUAAAGGUCUAGUUUGUUUUUAUAUCUCUAUAAAUAUAUAUGAUUUUGUAAUCUUUGAUUUCAUUUCUCUUUUUUCAUUUAAAUCAUUUUAUCGUUUAUUUAUUUUUGUAUAGUUUUGCUGUACAGGCACUUGACGCUCUUUUUGUUUCCUUUCGGUUUUUUUUCUCUGUUCAGUUGGUGUACAGAAGUUGUUCAGUAGUGUGAAUGAACAUAUUACUCAGUGAAAAGCAACAUUCAGGCUGCCAAAGCAUGAUCGCAUGGUUAUUCAAAUGUAAACAAACUGGACACGAGGAAAAUUCAGUGUCUCACUUUGAAGAGGACAACUAUAUUAUCAUUAUGAUUCUUGACGAUAUUCUUCUUAUUCUUACAAUUAAGCUUACGGUUCUUUAAGUUCCACUGUUUUACUGAUCCUUGUUUGGUCCAGACGUGGUUUAUUUCAAAGGAGGAAUUUUAUGGAUUUGUAACUACUUUUCUUGUCAUUUUCUCUGGAACUAAGUUUUCGCAUUUAACUUCCUAAAUGAAAACACAUAUUGUAAGCAUGCCCUAUGGGACAAAUCACUUUUUUUACUCUUGAAUAAAAUAUGCAUGAACUAAUAUUGUCUUUCCCCUUGUGCUGCUGGAAAUAUUUGCUGAAAACCUCUCAAAGGUGCAAUGUGUAAUAUUUUGCAGGAUCUAUUGACAGAAAUGCAAUAUAAUUUACAUAUCUAUGUGUUCAGAGGUGUAU